GCGCGCUUUGGUUCAAUCUGGUUAGACUGAUCCAGACUUGGUUGACUGACUUCUGACGCCCAACAAUGCAUACCGAGCCACAAAAGUUUGAAAAGUUAUCAUUACGCACGGGGCUCGCGGUGAGGGGACUCAGGAGUGACAGCAGCUGUGCGCCCAUGGAUCAGACUACAAGUGGUGGUUUCUCUGCAUCCCUGUGGAAAGUCAUUUGAAGAGUCAGGAGGAGACAUGAACAGCGUCGCUACAGUGCCAGAGGAGAGCCAUUAGUCUGUCAGUGUUGGAUUUACCAGAGCUCAGAAGGCUUACAGCUGGAAUCUCUAUAAUUUCUGACAGUUUUGCCUCCAGUAGCACAAUUAAGUGUGUGAACAAUUCUUGGAUAAUAACCUACACUGCAAAGUCACUUUUGGAGACGUUGGAUCUGAAUUACGCACGGGAUUCCUCUAACAAAUGAAAGCUUCUAAUUGUUUUGUUGCUCUUCCACUUCAUCCCCUCAGCUCCCUUCAUCGCACUGAUCAACCGUAUAAGCCCCUUCACCAGGUUAGACGCGGGGAGUGAAAGCCUCGCUGUCCCUUCCAGUAAGCCAGCGUGCGGCCGCGGGCCACCUGGCCGAGGAUGUGGGGAGGAGGAUUCCCGAUGUCUGGCACCGUGAUUGUGACAAUGCUCCUGGUCAUCAUCGACGUGAAAGCCAGUGGGGAGUAUUGUCACGGCUGGCAGGACUCCCAGGGCGCGUGGAAAGAAGGGUUCCAGUGCCCGGAGAAGAUCGACGGAGAGGACGCGAUCAUUUGCUGCGGGAAAUGCGAGCUGCGCUACUGCUGCUCCAGCACUGACGCGCGGCUGGAUCAGGGGAGCUGCGAUAACGACCGGCAGGCUCAGGAGCCAGGCACAGAGACCAAGGAGAACAAGGACUCCGGCGCAGUGCCCAUUUAUGUGCCGUUCCUGAUCGUGGGCUCGGUGUUCGUAGCUUUCAUCCUGGUGGGAUCUGUGGUCGCUGUGUGUUGCUGCCGCUGCCUCCGACCCAAACAGGAACUGUCAUCAGGAGGUGCGACAGGAGGAGCUGCCAGCGGUGGGCGCCUCUUGGAAACCAUCCCUAUGAUGGCCAACACUUCCAGAGGCUCAUCAUCCCGCCAGUCCAGCACAGCCACCUCAUCCAGCUCCUCUGCCCCACCCGCUGCGCCCCGCCCUGCUCCCCCUCAACUCAUGCGGGCUCAGGCCUCUUGCUGCCUGCCGCCUGACGCCAGCGUCUUCGUCAACAUGCCCACCAAUUUCUCUGUACUCAACUGCCAGCAGGCCACCCAAAUCAUGCCUCACCAGGGGCAGUUCUUACACCCGCAGUACAUUGGCUAUGCUCACCCUGUGUCCCCUACCCCAGCCUUCCUGGACCCCACCCAGGGAGGAUACAGACCCCUUCAGUCCCCCUGCCCUCCUCCCACCGGAGGGUCCAGUGUCACCAGUGACCAGAAAUACCCUCCAGUGACAGUGUGAUGAGGGGCCAACAUGCAGACCACUCUGCCACUUUGUUGUGAAGACUAACUUGUGAAGUUUAACCUGUGAGGGCUGUGCCACAGACCUUUUUGGGGAUGCUGCCAGAGUGGAAAAAGAAAGGCAGGGAGUCAAACUCACAUGAAGGACUCAUAAAGCCAUUGCUGGCAGCAGGGCCUACCCUGCUAUUGUGUGUGGUGUGUCUGUUUAGUGUGUCAUAUGAUCUCUUGCCAGACUGGAAUGAGCUAAGCUCAGUCUAUGACGGGGUAAGAAGGAUGCAUAAACAAUUUUCUGUCUUGAUGCAAAGAUUAAACUGCAUAUUGGAGAGUUACACAGCCCAGACGGGUGAUAAUGCACAGCUAACUGCAGCCUGCAGCUCACAUAAAGAUUGUGCGUGUGUUUGUAUGGAUGUGUAUGGGAGAGUGGGAAAAAGGAUUUGUUGGCUUGUGUCUGCUUGAAUGAGAUGAGAAAUGACUGGAUGAUUUAUAGCAGUGGACUGUAUGAGAAGUGGCUAUUCAAGCAACAAAAAAAAAAAAAAAAUUUUUGACCACAUGCUGUGUUUAUGCCAUGUUCACAUCUGCACUUGUGAACGGUUGUGAAAGGUUUAUACAAUACAGUAUACUGUAUGUUUGUGUUGAAAGAAAGUAUGUGAAAAGAUGUUUGUACUGUAUGUGUGUGAGUUUGGGAGAGAGUGUGAAGUGUGGAGGGACGUGGUCGCAUGAGUAACUGUGAGUGAACUGUGUGUAAUGGGAAAUGCAGGUGGUGUGAUGUGAAAGGCAGUUGCAGUCUCCCUGUAGACCAUUUAAACUCUAAUGAAGUGAACACAGGACACAGACUGUGACGCUCCGCCCUCCUAUACAACCUCCCUCCUGCCACCCAAAAAGAAAAAACACAAAAAACCUCUGCCCCAUACUGCCCUGAGCGGAAACACAGACAAAAAAAAAAGAGAAAAAUUUCAUGCAAGGUUGGCAUUUAAUGUACCUGAGUGUGUGAGUGUGUGACAGAGGAAGAGUGAGAGGCAGCUCUCUUUCGAUUACCGAGUUAAUUAUACAGCAAAAACUUUGCCAAAUGUCCCCUUUACUUCUCUCCUGUGAGAGGUGUGUGUGCAUGUGUGUGUAUUUAACACUCCCACAGUUCAGUGCCUUAGCAGAGGGCAUGGGCAGCUCCAGGGCAGCUUUGAGUCAUUAUUUUCCACUUAAGAAAAAAGGCACAGAAAUUGCAGAAAUUAUUGGUAGUUAAAAUAAAUAAAUAAAUAAAUAAAAGAGUGAAACUUGCAUAUUUUUUCCAGCCAUUCUGAGUACUGUUGUGCAGCUGGGGUCACUGGUAACUCCUUUAAUUCACCGGUAAUAUGCAACUUGAGGAAUGUGCUGCUCCACUGAGUGUGCAGCCUGACCCAUACAGUCCCAUACCGUAGUAUAGGAACCAGUAUGUCUGUGUACCUCAUCUGUACUCCAAGCACAAUGUCUGUAAGAUACAGUAGGCAGCUUGUGUGUGACAAAGUAUCUGUAAAAUGGUGGAUGAACUUUGGUCCAAUGUGUUUUCUUCCUCUUGUGAAAUACAGUGAUUUGUUACAGGGGUGACACUUUUCAUAUGAAUUCUAAAAAAAUAAAAUACUUUUAAACCAGGAA